CCAGAUCACAUUAUGGCCACUCCACUUUCCCCUGUACAUGGACCAAAGAUUACAGAGGGUCUCCACACACAUCUUAUGUGCCCAAUCCAUCUGGACAUCCUGAAGAAUCCAAAGACACUGGCUUGUCAACACGUGGUAUGUGAGGAUUGUAUUGAAAAAUGGAUAGCUGCCAAUAAUGGGGAACUCUGCUGUCCAGAAUGUCGUGUUGCACAGCCGCUUCCAGCAGAAGGUGCAAAGGGACUUCCCAGUAACUUCAAAAUCGCAAGUCUCUGUGAGUUUGUUGAGAGCAUGAUGAAUAUGCAGGAUAGUGAAGUUGCUGCUUGCGAGGAGCAUUUGAAGAAACCUGUCGCCCAAAUUUGUCUUCAUUGCAAGUCCCCGGUCUGUGAAGAAUGUGUCCAGGUUAGUCAUAGGUCUCACAAGACAGUUCUCAUAGAAGAGUUCUUAAAAGUAAUGGGGGAUCCACUGCCCAAGUUGAUUGGUCAAGCUAAGAACAAACUCAAAGAAAUCUUCACAGCUGUAGAUGUUCUUGAGAAGACAAGAACAGAUCUGAGGGAAAAUUAUAAAUUGGCUAAACGUGAAACAGAUGAUCAUGUGCAUAAGUUGAUGAAGAUGAUGACCCAAGCCCAUGUGAAAAUGAAUGGAGAAAUUGAAAAGAAAUACUCUGAGAAAGAAGGGGCUUUGAUUGCUCAGCUUGAAAUGCUAACCUGUGCGAGAAAAGAGAUUUCUGAACUGAUUGGUUCACAACAUCAUGCUGGAGAGGACUCGAGCAUGACCAAAUCUGUCAUGACAGCUUCUGGGCAGCAACUGUGGAAUGAACUCACUAACGUGUUGCAGCAAGAUGUGCCUCUUGCUCCAGGCCAUAACAGUCAGAUAUCAGUUCAGUGGGAUAAGGAUCUUGAAAUCGCUAUCCAGAGGGAGAAUCUAGGCAAAGUUCUGACAAAGCCAGUGCCAAAUAGCCAUCAGACUACCCUUUCUUUGUCAGCAUCCCGAGCCGAUGUCCAGUCAGAAGUCAAGAUUAAGGUUGCUCUCAGAGAUGCUGUCGGCUCUCCUGUAAAGUCCUGUGAUAUAUCUUCUCUAGUUGGCACUGUCUCAGCCCCUGGAAGUUUUACAGGUGUAGUCGAAUUCACACAAGGAGAAGCUGGUUUCGCUGAAUCAUGCUUCACACCCAAGUACAUUGGAAAGUACAGGAUUGAAGUAGAGCUGUUUGGAAAUCCUGUGAAGAAUAGUCCUCUAAACCUGAUAGCUAAGCCAAGAGGAGCAAUGAAGAUCAAUGAAAGGCGUAACUUCAAUCAGCCUCAUGAUAUCAUUCAGCAGGAUGACAACUUCUACAUAACAGACAAAGGAAACCACCAAGUAGUCAUCAUGGACAAGCAGUUCAAUCCAGUUGGGAAGUUCCUGCCACCAUCUGACCCUUCACUUCCAAAGCUUGAUCCAUAUUCCAUAGCUUACACUGGGAAGACCUUUGUCGUCACCGACCUGAAACAAAUAUGUGUCCUUGAAUUCACUAACUCUACCUUCUUGCAGCGAUUUGGCCAGGGAAUCCUCUCUCAACCUACAGGAAUAGCAUGUGACAAGGAAGGCAAAGUGUAUGUUGCAGAUUGCCAAAAGAAUUGUAUCUUUGUCUUUAACCAACUCAGAGAACAUAUUGCUGUUCUGGGUGGACCUGGUGCUACAAGAGGGCAGUUUGACAAACCUUGGUUCAUUGCUAUGAAUUCCAAAGGAGAAAUAGUCGUCGCAGACAAUGGAAACCACCGCAUUCAAGUCAUCGACCCUACCAAGGAUGAAGUCACCAGACUGAUUGAUAUCCAUCAUAACCAGAAGACAUGGGAUGUACGGGGCUUGGCUGUGGACAGGAAUGACAAUAUCUAUGUCACUGUCCGCCAGAGUGGCAGCAUGAGGGGCUGGAGUACAGAGACAGCCAUAGCCUAUAGUCCUGAAGGAGUGUUCCUUGGUAACUUUGGAGAAGGUUUUAAUUACGUGAGAGGCAUGACUGUUAUUGAAGACGAAGAGAAUAUGAUUGUAAUGAUUGUUGAUGGAGGCAAUUAUCGCAUCAAGGGAUAUCAAAUGUAGCCUCUUUGAAUUGAUCAACUAUUGCCACAGUAUGAAAUGAUGCUAAUAAACAUUAAGUCAGCUUUCUUAUAGGAGGUUUGUUGGUGUUCAUACUGUGACGGUACUCCUUUCAAUUCUUGUUAUUGCCAUGGGUAAACCUUCCAGAGCUCAAAUAAAUUUACUUCUUUUUUUUUCAAGUUCAAUUUUAUUUCAUUUCUCAACUCAGUGAUACAGCAUAGGAAAUAAUUACACAGAUAUAAAAUGAUAACCAUACAAAUCAAUGCAAAUGAAUAUACAUUGCAAGCAAUAUGACUAUAUAAUAAAAGUAAAAUAAAUGUUUAUGGUAAAAACUAAAUAACGUGAUAAUCAUAUUAACCAAUAACAAUAUAUACAAUGGAAAUUGGACAAAAUGUAUACCAUUCUCGAUAAAACAAUUUGCAAGGCUACCUUUAUAACUCUUUUUUCAAUAAAAUAAAGUUGAGUAAAUGGAGGGAUCCACAUUUGGUAUAAGUGGAUACCCCUCGGCUUAAAAACAUCUUGAGAAGAAUAAAAAUUCUUAUAUCAGGACAAUCACGCUCAUUUUCAUACCUCUGUGCUCACUUGAUUGUUGCUUGGUUGUUUGUCCCGUUUUAGUUCUUGCCUUAACCUGCAGAUUAUAUUAUGUAUCAAAUGAAUUACUUUCAAACUUGGCUCAUUAGAAGCAAAGAUCUGAUGAGUUCAGGGAUAUAAAAGGUCAAGGGCACACAGGUCAUUAUACAUAUAUAUAUAUAUCUACUUGAAAUGGCUCAUUCUUCACAAAGAUUUACAUGUAAAUUGUAAAUUAAAAAAAGGACUUUGGAUGGAUUUUAAAUUUGGUGCAUGUAUGGAAAUAAGAUUUUUAUUUUAUUUUGGGGCAUCACUAGGUCAAAGGUUACUGAGGUCAAUAUUUACCUGAAAACGGAUAAUUGAGAAACAAAACCUUUUGAAGGUUCAAGUUUAAAAUUGGUUCUUGUUUGCAGGAGACAGUAUCUUUUGUCCCAGAAUUUAAUUGUAUACAAGCAAAAAAAAAUUCUAGUGGUCACUAUAACUUGAAUCCCUAUCCAAGUUACAAUGAUCUGGCUAUACUUAUGGGGUCAAAGGUUAAAGGUCAUGGAGACAAUACAUAUGUGUAAAUAGUUUACUCCCAUGUGUGCAUAUACAUGAAUUGUUUAGAAUAUUGAUAAUAAUGUAAAUCAGAUUUUGAGGUUGUGCCAAAGGUCAAUCUUUGAGAUGCUUAUUCUACAUGUAUUGUAGCAAUAUUUGAAAAUAUAUUAUUCAUGACAGUAUUUGAUAUUCUAGAAUUUAUGUGAAAAUUUGUAAUUUUAGAUAAUUUGGAAAUGGCCGUUUGACUACAUGUACAUGCAAUAAAAAAUCUUUGGCUGUUAUGCUGACCACAUUGUAACUUUCUAGGCACCAAAUAUAUCAGUAUUCUGAAAACCAUGUACUGGUAUUCAAUUUUGUGUUUAAUUUCCAUCUCGCAUUCUUAGUCUUCCCAUUAAAUGUACUUGCUCUAUGCAAAUAUCUUGGCUGCAUAGAAUAAGUGACAAACGGCUGUGAAUGCACAACUCAUUAAUGUCUUUUAGAGAACCAUUCGACCAGAAUUUAAUUUUUCAAAUUUGAUUCAUAGACACAACAUCUAUAGGAGGGGAAAAUAUCUUAGAGGGUGUUUUGAGCCUAGAGGUCAAAGAUAAUUAUGUUUGAAAAUGGCUUUUGCAAAUUUUUCAAUAAUCACAAAUAGAUCAACUCUGCAAUCGAUCAUAUGGAAUUAAUGAUGAUCUUAUUGGGGGGGGGGGGCACAAGAGGAAAAGACAUUAUUUCAAAGAUCAUUAGACUAUGAAAGAAAAUAACCAAAGAACUGAUAAACAAUAAAAUUCAAACUGGCUUUUGGAUGCAAGUGGGAUUGACAAUAAUUUGAUUAGGUUAUUAAGGCUUAUGAAAACUUUGGGAGUUAAAUUUCAUAUCUGAAAUAAUGUAGAUCUAAGGCAUGGAUUUUGACUUUGUGUAGUCGACAACUCAUUUGGUUUCUGAUGAUAUCCAAGUAAAUAUGUAAAUACAUGUACCUGUAUAUAGGCCUCUCACAUCUCAUACAGUGAUAUUCAAGUUCAUAGAAAAAUAUGAAAACAGAACAUUAUCUUUUUUAGAGUAUAUUAUUAUUAUAUUUACUCCAGAAUACUACCAAAAAUGCUACUUAGGAAAAAUGACAGUUUUUAAUUAAUGCAUGUUGAACACGAAAUCAAAAACCUUAGUCAUCUGUCCUUCUAUAUCAAGUCAAGCAGUGGCCCCUUUUUUUCCACUUGGCCUCCGCUAGCACUUCUGAUUCCAUAAAUUUGUCAAAUGUAUAUUUGUGUACUUUCUUGCUUAAAAUCUAUUUAAUUUUUACUUUUCUUACUGAAGUGGGCAUACAAUAAAGCCUUCUGUAAAUAUGCUAGUCAUAGACAAGUACAUAUUAUAAAUGUAAGAGGUGUAGUUUACUUGUCAUGUGCACAUAAACAGGUGUUUGGAUGUUUGUUGAGUAAUUGAUGAGGUUCAAGUAUUAUUGACUCACCAUUUAGCUUAUCUCAAGGUCCAGUUUAUAUGGCCUUAACAUUUCACUAUUGCUCAUUGUUUCAUUUCAUCAUGAACAUUCCUUUGAAAAUAUUGCAUCAUUGUCUCAUUCCAAUUAAGCAGAUUGAAAUUGAUAGCGAGCGGCUUGCUUCCGGUCAUAGAUUGCAUUCAGUUCGGUAUAUCAGUAGAUAUACCUCCUAUACACUAUUGUCUAGAGAUAUAAUAUUGUACUCUGUAGUCUGUAUUAUCUUAUUCUAUCGCUUGUUGAACAAAAAGGAUUUACCUUAUUGUUGUACAUGUAUCAACCCCCAUGAUGGAGUUCAUGGUACAGAGUUCAGAGAUUUGUAUUGAGCAGAGAGCUUCUAGCCCUAAGCAUACAUUCAGUACUGUCUAUGGUAAUAUUAAUUAAUAAUAAGUAAAAGCAUUACUAUAUUGACAUUAUCUUGAAAUAUUCUAUUCAGAGGCUCUCAAGAAAAAUAGAAAGAAUGAGAGUUUGGAUGAGGGUCUUGGUGCCAAGAACUGAUAUAAGACUUCAGUUUAGACUUGAAUGUCUCUAAUAUUUCUUGAAAUUAAUGGUAAAUUAUUCCAAAGAGAAAGUGAUGCAUCAUACAGUACUGUCUACUAUACUCAAUAUUAUAUAUUGAGCAUCGUUCAUAUGUCCUUCAUAUGCAUAUCACAUUGAAAAUGAAGAUUAAUAUUUUUAUAAUGUAUCUGAAGUUCUGAACCUAUUUUUGUAUUUAGAGUAUAGUCAGACAUUAUGUUACACAUUCAAACACCACAUACAUUCUUUUCAUGUAAAAGUUAAUAGGAUUUGAUUUGUUUGAGAAUAGUUUAAGGUGAGCAUAUGAGGUGUUUUAUUAUUCAUAUAUACAUCCAAUAUUUCUUCAUUGAGUGAAUGAAAAAAAAAUUGAACCAUCAUUAGUGAAUACUUUUGUAGAAUACUCAGUAAUGUUUUUAUAUUUGACAUGCCUUGAUUGUGGAAGUUUUUAAAUGUACAUGUGUGCAGCUGCGGUGUGAAAGAAAUUGAAUUUAUUUCAUUUACUAUAUACAAAGUUGUAGUCAAAGGUUGUAGUGGUUGCUAUUUUAGAAUUUGAUAUAUUAAAGGAGAAUGAAACCAUUGAAACCAGCUGAAUCCAUAUCAAAGAGAAAAAUCAAAGAAACAUUGUUGAAAGUUUGAGGAAGAUUGAAUGAAUAAUAAGAAAGUUAUGAGCAUUUGAAUAUCGAGAUCACUAAUGCCAUGUAGAUCCUCCCAUUGGCAAUGCGACCAAGAUCUGUGAUGUCACACACGUACAACUCCCUCAUUACUUUAGUACUUAUUUCACUUAUAUUCUCACUUUUAUAGAGUCUAUCACAAGGUGAGGUGUUCUCUUUAUGAGAGGACAAGUACAGAGGUUUCACAACAUUAUAUAAUUGAUGAAUCGUUUGUCAUAUGGUUAGAAUGAGCAAAACGAGAUAUUUUGGGGUAUAUUUUCAGUGUCCAAAAGGGGAGAGUUGUUCAUCUGUGACAUCAUAGAUCUUGGUCGCAUUGCCAAUGGGAGGAUCUCCAUAGCAUUAGUGAUCUCGACAUUCAAAUGCUCAUAACUCUUCUAUUGCUAGUCCUAUUUUACUCAAACUUUUGUUGAUCUUAUUCUUUGAUUUUUCUGCUUUCACAAAAGCUAACUUGCUCCAAGAGUUUCAUUCCCCUUUAACUUAUUUUCAUGCAGAUUAUACCCGAUCCACCUCCCCCUGGAUCGCUCAAGAUUCCAUAAUUCAGAGAUAACUAUUACAUUGAUCAUGAAAUGCAACUCAGUCGCAUUUUCACAUCAUCUAGACCGAACUCACAGUAGGACAGCAUCACGAGUUCUCCGCUUAAUGUGUUUGGGGGAUCUACAUGUAUUUCCGGUCAUUUAAUUUAUCAAUUUUGUGUUUCUAUAGGGGUAGUGUGUCCGUGCCCGAUCCUAUUAUUGUUUGACCGAUUUACAAAUUUAGCCUUUGAAUUAUGAUUUCCAGUGAUUAUUGCCAAUAAAUCUGUUUUAUUUUUUGAUAAAUAACAUUAAUCAUGUGCAAUUGCAAAGUUGAUUUGAAAGUUAAAUAUAUUAAUUUUGAAUGCUUCUAUUAUUGGACACGCAUUUCUCAUUAUGUUAAAGAAAGUUAAUUGAUUUAUAAAGAUAUAUUAAUGUUAUUAUAAUAACUCCGUACAUAUAAGAUUGAUAUACUUUAUUGUUCAAUGUUAAUUUGUAUGUGUUGUGAAGUAUUAAAGAAUGAUUUAAUCAAGGAAAUUUCACCAAAAUCGGAUAUUAAAUAAGAAAUUAAUGUAUGACAUUUUGAAGUUUUGUUUGCUUGCGCUAUAACAAUGAUAUGCAAAUUAGGGAACCAUUUUUUCUUCCACACACUUCUUAAGUAUUUGAAUAUAUGAUAGCUGUUCACCAAUAAUAUUCAUGAUUAUUAUAGUGAUUUUUUGGUUACAUGAGAGUUCACACCAUAUUUUGAUUUAGUUGAUGUAAAAAUCCUAAUGUUUGAUGCUACAAAUGAUAAUAAGCCCCAACAUGAAUAUGCAAAUUCCAUGCAUUUUCACCUCUUACCAGCUCAAUAUUUGAUCAAAUUAUCGGCAAAUAGAAAUUGACAAAAUUGACGAAAUUUGAGAAAAAUACUUUCAAUGAAUUUUACAAUGCAAAUUGUUCUUGAAUUCGGAAUUCGUAAAUAGAAAACAUGAAAAUAAGUAAAUAAGUAAAUUUAGCCACGUAUAAACUAUUCUCCUUUCACAAUUGAAUGUUUUUAUUAAGCAAAUAUGAUCAGCUGGUAAAGAGUGAAAAUCGCUGACAAAAUUUAAGGGAUACUCCCUGCUUGAAAUAGAGUUAAAUUAAUCGAGCAAAAUGCUGAAAAUUUCAUUAAAAUAUGAUAAAUAACGAAGUUAUUGACUUUAAGAAUUUUAGAGUUAAGGAAUAUUUUGUGAAAACAGUUUUAUGCACGUCUUCGUGAAUAUUCAUUAGAUGGGCCGAUGAUGUCUUUACUUUCCUUUUUCUAUAUUAUUUCUCUAUCGGUGAUGUGUUAAAAAAUGAAGUCCAGUAAAUUUCUCGCCAAAAAAUAUUUUAGUGCUUCAAAAAUGUAUAAGUUACUUGAAAACCAUUUUAGUUUCAUCCCAUAUAACAACAUGCGUUAUAUUAAUCUGCACGAAUUUGAUUUUUCCCUGGGUGUUUUUUUUUAAAGUCCACCCCAUACAAAUGUUGAUUUGAAUCAAUAGAGAAAAUCAAACAAGCAUAAUGCUGAGCAUUUCAUCAAAGUCAGAUGUAAAAUAAGAAAAUUAUGACAUUUUAAAGUUUCGCUUAUUUUUCACAAAAUAGUUAUGCGCAGUUUAGUCACAUGCAAACGAGAGAAUCGAUGAUUUCCCUCACUCACAAUUUCUUUGUUAUUCGAAUUAUACAUUAUUUCAAUUUUUGCAGAUUUGACAAUAAGGACAAACUUGACUGAACCAUAAAAUGUUAAGCAUUGGUAAUUCAAAAUGUUCAGGGAGAAAUAAAACUUUGUUUCACAGGACAAAUGAGGAGAAAAUUAGAAGAUUUCAUAUUUCAUAUAAUAAAAUACAAAAGAAAGAGUGAGUGAGUGAUGUCAUAAAUUCCCUCAUUUGCAUGCCAACCGGGAUGUGCAAAUAACUGUUUUGUGAAAUUAAGCGAAAAUAUGAAAUGUCAUAUCUUUCUUAUUUUACAUCGGAUUUUGAUGAAAUUUUCAAUGUUAUGCUUGUUGGAUUUGUCUCUUUUUAUUCAAAUCAAAUUUUUGUUGGGGUGGACUUGAACUUUAAAUUUUUUAUUACACCUUUGUAAUGUUAGCCUCUUCCUUUUAAUCACUCGUUGAAAAAUGUUAAUUUAUUCAUCGGUAGCUGGCUUUGCAUGCCACGUUGUUUCAGAUACAAUAUAACAUAUCCUAAAUCUGCC